UGAUUUUUUUAAAGUAUUAGAUGUAGUUACUUCGAGGAAAUCCGUUUCAAAAUAAGUUCUAAAAUCUCUUCAUCCUGCUUCUCCUUCCAUCUGCUCAUUAAAUCCUUUUCCUGUACGGAGCAACAUUCUCUAUUCAUUCAUUGUCCCUCCACCCUUCUUCCUUCGUCGAGAAGUAGGAGGCGGAGUCGGGCUCGAAAUUAGCCCCGCCCCUCUUCACCUCACUCAAGAGAGUCGUGUGUGUAUAUAUGCCUGCCUAUAAAACAAGUUGAUUCAGGCACGCCUUCACAACUAUUCCCCUUUCAUAAAAUGCUCAGUUCAACAGUGGUACUUGCUGCUCUUCUGAUUUUGGCAAUUGUUGGACUAAUUCAGAGUCAACCUAUACAAGAUAAUAACCUAUAUGGCUUCAAUGAGCUAGAAGACGCCGAGGCUCCAUACCUGAUGAAUCUUUUAAAACGAACAGCCGUCUUCUUCCCAAAUGGUAACCACGACAAAAUGAUCAAGGCGAUUCUGAAGUCUCGACGAUACUGAUUCAACUUACCACUUUAUCAAUUAAUUUAUAUUUUUUAUUUUCUUAAAACAAGCCACGACAUUCACUUCUCAUCCCUUACAAUAUUUGUUUGUUUAACUAUAUCUGCCCAUUUGCCUUAUAUGUAUUUUUAAUGUAUUUUAAGCAUGUUCCUAAAAAAAUCAAAACCCUUUGAAAAAAAAAACAAAAAAUCUCCUACCAACCAACGCUGACUGACACUUUGAUACUCGAGGACCAUAGGAUGUUCACUCAUUUGUUUUUUCCCUUAAUUUUCAACUAUAUAAUAGUUGCAUUCAGUUUCCAUUUUUAUUUUGUUUUCUUCUUCAUCAAUCAAAUGAAACAAAUAACAUUUUA